CUACCAGAUGUAAUCAAUAUGGAAUGGUCAACUGGAAUCAACGAAUGCCGGAUCUACAAAUUUGGGACGGGAUGUUCCUAGUAUACAAUCAGAAGACUAAAACAAUUGCGAACUUCGCGAAUUAUUGGAAAUUGCUUUUGAUAAACAUAAAUAUGAGCGAAACGUUGAUGCAAUUCAACGGUAUAGGAAUACAAAGUUUAAUUAUCGAUAUAAAUAAACUGGCCAGAAUUUCUUUCAAAGUCUUCUAUUAUUCAUCAUGGUAUGGCGGCAAACCAAUAAAACUUAGAGAUUGCGGCCCUAAAGCUGCUAAGUGGAUAAACGAGUAUUUAGAAACCUCUGAUCUACGUUUAGUUCAAAGAGACUGUAAUCCUUUACUUGAAGAACCAAAUUUUAUAAAAGAAAAUUGGAUGGAAUACAACAUGAUAUAUUCAACUAAGGCGGAAGAAAAGACAGAAGCGUUCGCGAAUGUAACGCGUUGCGUACUCAUGACAACAUCUACGUUAGAUAAACUACAAAAGGAAAUAAUACAUGGUGAUGAACAUCAUUUGAUUCGUCCAAAUAUUGUUGUUUCGGGAUCUUCAAUCCCUUAUAGCGAGGAAGACUGGGAAUGGAUCAAGAUAAAAAAUAUAAUCAUCAGGGUAAUAAAACCGGUCCCGAGGUAUUUAAUAAAACCUUUUGCUCUACGUUUUUUGACCGUCUUUGCCCACGAGUUGUACACAAGAGACAGAGAAGAAGAAACAGCACAUUUAGGAGUUUAUUGCGCCUCGUUCAUUAAUGGACAUUUACAAUUAAAUGAUGACGUAUACGUUUAUAAGACCGACAAAGGAUUAUUCAGUUAUAAUUAUUAGUAGUUUUUCAUUUAACAUUAGCUCGACGCUCAAUUAAUUUUUUUUCUAUCUGUUUGUUCUUGCGCUUAUACAAAUGAAAUUAGUGCUUUAUUCAAUGAUCGUUUAUAUACGCAACUAAACAUAAUCUUAUUUUAAUAAUUGUUAUUACCAGUCUUAUUUUAGUUUUUCCAUGCAAUUGCCUGCUAAUCCAGGUCUUUAAAAAAAAAAAUGUAACAUAAAAUUAUAGAAGAGAACAAAGGAAGACAUUUUAAGAUAAUUUUGUUCUAAACGGAGCCAUCCUCGCGAUCUGAAAAUCCCUUCUUCAAAUAAACUUUCUUCUCUUUAAAUAAACCUUCUUCAAAUAAACUCUUCCAUUAUUUUAGAGAUAUUUUGUAUAUAUUUUUUU